AUGAUUGACUUAUCGCAGAAUGUCCAGGAUAUCAUCGCAAAUCUCUCUACUUCAUCCAAAGCUGUUGAUUUUGUGCGUGUUCCAUGUAGACCAACUUGUGCCCUACCAGGCUUGGCAUUUUUAUCGCUCAAGGCUCUAGAGGAGUUAAAACACUCCAACCGAGCAGACGAACUCCUACCUGAGGACGAAGUUGAAUUGUAUCUCUUUUACGCAAAGCAUUUGUACAAGGCUGGACUCUGCAAGAUUGAAUUUCCAUCAUUCUACAAGUCAGCUAGGGCGCUUUUUGCUGAGUCUACCGCUACGGCAGUUGGUAGUCUAUCCCCGUUUUAUUUUGAGCUAGGAUAUGAGCUCUGCUCUUUAAUCCCAGAAGAUGAAUGGCCAGUCGAAAAUUUGCGUGGAAUACUCAAGGAAGCGGAAUGCAAAAGGCGUUCAUUCUUGUUGAAAAGGGCCAAUACAGCAGAUGAUACUUUUCUGACUGGACUCACUCACGACGAGAAAAAGCUAUUCAACAUACUAUCACACGGAAAUAGCAAUGUGUUAUCCAUCAAUUACGAUUUAACAAACCUUCGUGGAUUUUACGGAUUUGAAAACUAG